UGGUCCUCCUUCGUGCGCGCCUGGUUUUGUGUGAUGGACUGAGGGCAGCGGAGAUCUGAAAAAGUCUACCCAAACUUCGACAUAUCGAUUUGGAGGUCUUGGGUUAGGGUUGGUGUAUUUUGGGGUCGGGUUUAAAGUAAGUUUUCUGAGAGUUCCACUAUGGAGACUCUCGGAGUUCUUCUUGCGCUGUUAAGCGUUGGAGCGCUAUUCUCUGGGGCGCGAGCUCAAGUCAGAAGACCAAAAUUUGCUGAAUGUCCUGUUGACCUCUUUUUCGUGUUGGAUACGUCUGAGAGUGUCGCCCUGAGAGUCAAACCUCCCAAUUUCUACAUUGAUCAGAUUAAAGAUUUCACCAAGCGCUUCAUAGAUGAGCUCCAGGACAUGCGCCAUCCAUGUGACCGCUACCUGACCUGGAACUCUGGAGCGCUUCACUACAGUGACGACAUAAUCCUGGUGCGUCAUCUAAGUGACAUCAGCACCGAGCGGCAGGCACUGAAAGAUGAUGUUGACACCAUCAAAUACAUCGGCAAGGGGACACACACCGACUGUGCCAUCAAGAGAGGCUUGGCAGAAUUGCUAAUAGGGGGCUCUCACUACCAUGAGAAUAAGUACAUUGUGGUUGUGACUGAUGGUCAUCCCAUCACGGGUUACAAGGAGCCUUGUGGAGGAGUGCAGGAGGCGGCCAAUGAGGCCAGACAACACGGGGUUAAAGUGUUCGCUGUUGCCAUCUCCCCCGACCAGGAGGACACCAGGUUGUCUGUGAUCGCUACAGACCAGCACUACAGACAGAAUUUCACUGCUGCCGAUGACAGCAGGACCACCAAGAUGAGGACUAUCCGCACCAUCAUAGAUAUGAUAACAAAUGAGACGAAGGAUGUGUGUUGCUCGUUCGACUGCAACGCCCAAGGAGGUCCCAAAGGACCGGACGGAGAGCUGGGUUCUAAGGGAGAGAUAGGAAGACAGGGGAUGCCAGGAGAGAAGGGGGACAUCGGUCCAGCAGGAAAUCCUGGAGACCCUGGCCCUGUGGGAUACCGUGGCAUGAAGGGUGACCGCGGUGAACGUGGGGGCAAGGGUGAUAGAGGUCAUAAAGGCUACAAGGGCGAUAAAGGCCACAGAGGGACAGAUGGGGUUGAUGGACGGAAGGGUGAUGCAGGCUUCUCUGGUCUUCCUGGCUGUAAAGGAUCUCCUGGGCCAGAUGGCACUCAGGGAGAUCCUGGUCCAAAGGGAGAUCCCGGUUCUUACGGAGCCAAAGGAGCAAAAGGUGAUGUUGGGAAGGACGGAGAGCUUGGGAGACAGGGGAACGACGGCCCCUCAGGGCCUAAGGGUGACCAGGGUCCACAAGGACCCAAUGGGGACAAAGGAGAGCGGGGCGAUGAUGGCGCUCCUGGACCAGAUGGAGGACGAGGAGACAGAGGUGCAGCAGGAGAGAAGGGCGAGCAAGGUUCCCGUGGGAACAGGGGCCCUAAAGGAGAUGGAGGGGAUCCAGGCCCAAGAGGAGAGCCAGGAAGGGAGGGGUCAUCCGGUCCCAAUGGAGAUUCAGGGGAGCCAGGACGGCCAGGGUCUCCAGGCUAUCGAGGAGAUGAGGGCCAAACUGGACCAGAGGGACCGAAAGGACCCAGAGGAAUCAAAGGAGCUCCCGGAGACAGAGGCCUGAUGGGGGAAAGGGGAGAGGAUGGCUCCCCAGGAAAUGGAACUGAAGGUUGCCAUGGUUUCCAGGGUUACCCUGGCCCACGUGGAGAUCCUGGAGAGCCGGGCGGCAAGGGUACCCCUGGACCAAAAGGAGAUGACGGAGAGGCCGGAGAGUCAGGCCUGGAUAACACUCGGCCAGGAAUUCCAGGACCUAAAGGAGCCAAAGGUCAUAGAGGACCUGAGGGCAACCCGGGACCUCCUGGCCCUCCAGGACCACCUGGAGUCGAUGAGUGUAAGAUUAUGGACAUCAUCAUGAAAAUGUGCUCAUGUUGUGAGUGUAAGUGUGGUCCUCUAGACCUGGCGUUUAUCGUGGACAGCUCUGAGAGUAUUGGCUCCGCUAACUUUGCCCUGGCCAAAGACUUCAUCAUCACCGUCAUAGACAGACUCAUGAAAGACCAGCAAGUCCGCUUUGGCUUCAACGACUCCAGAGUGGGCGUUGUUCAGUACAGUGGCUCGAGCGCUCAGGAGGCCGUCCAGCUGGGAGACCCCAACAUAAACAACCUUGUUGAGCUCAAACAUGCUGUGAGGAACCUGCGUUGGCUAGCAGAAGCCACCUAUACUGGCGAGGCUCUCCAGUUUUCUCUGGACAAACUGAUCAACCAGCUAAAGAAUAAGAACCGUGUGGUGCUGGUGCUCACUGACGGCCGCUCUGACACCAAGAGGGACAGAGUCCCCCUCAACACCCUGUGUGGUAAAGGCAUCAAGGUGGGAGGACUGGGAGUGAAGGACAACUUUGGUCGCCAGCCCAACCAGGAACAGCUCGGGGAGGUGGUGUGCACUAGCGAUCCUACACCAGGCUUCUCCUUUGUACUGGAUAACUUUGCUGAACUUCUCGACGACACUUUCCUACAGAACCUCACAGCACGCAUCUGUGAAGACAAGAAGUGUCCUAAAUACAAAUGCGACAUUUCCUUUGACGAGGACACUGACGUUGUGGUGAUGAUGGACAGCUCUGCCAGCGUGGGCCAGCGUAACUUUGAGACGAGCAAGACGUUUGUCCGCCGUCUCGCCAAGCGCUUCCUCACUGCAGAGAAGAGAGGGCGGGCUAACGUCAGGGUCGGGGUCGCCCAGUACAGCCGGACGUCUCGCACAGAGGCGGAGCUGACCUCUAACCUCACCGUGCUGAACGAUCAGAUCGAAGCGGCCACCUUCCAGAACGACGGGACGGAUGUUACCGGGGCGAUGAGCUUCGCCUUAGAACGCUUCCAGAUCAGAGGUCCGGGAGCAAACAGGAAGAGGAAGUUGGUGCUCUUUUCGGAUGGGAGGUCGCAGGGCGUUACCACGGCGAUGCUGGAGAAGCGCGUGCGGCAGAUGGCCGACGCAGGGGUCGAGCUGUAUGUCAUCUCCGUGGGAACCCAUGUGAACGAGAGCAACCUGCGCUACAUGGCCAGUAGAGGGCGGAGCGACGAUGUCACUUCCGCCCAGCACCACCUGUUCCGCCUCGCAGACUACUCCGCCCUGCUGGAGGGAGUCUUUGACCAAACCGUGUCCCACAGGGUCUCCAAGUCCAGCCUGGGCCGCACGCUUUAGUUUCAGUCCCCUUAAAUAUCCAUUUUUGCCCAUUUACAAUCACUGUGUUUAUGUGUUUCAUGUGUCAGAAAGCGACAAAACGAUUGUGUGUCAAGACAGUAUAGUCUGUGUGAGCAGGCGCGCUCUGGUCCUGGAGAGAAGAUCCUGGCUUCUCUCUGAUUUAGCUCCAUCCAUCCAUGCAGCACGUCAGUGAUUAGCCCCAUUCUGCCCAUCUCCUCUGGGACUCUCCAGGACCAGGGUGCCCCUGGUGUGAAGGAUUGUGUUCAAGGUCUGACAGGGACCCUUUAAAUGUUGCUCUUACGUCAACCCACAGGGGACAGGAAAUUCUAUCUGAUGAGCUUUUGUGAAAACAUCACUCUUCAGUUGACCUGGUGCUAAUCAAUCAAGGCUGUGUGUGUGUAUGUGUGUAAACGUAGCUGCCAUUUUAUGUAUAGCCCCAGUGGAGAUAUCCCUAUAAACAGUUCUUCUAGGGUCAAUGGUCCAAAAACUGUUCUAUGUCAUCUGUUUACCAGAACUGUCUGCCAUUUACACACACACAACUUCAGUCAGACAGGAAAACAUCUGUCACGCCUGCACUUCCAGCCCUGAUAUGGUAAAAAGUCUCCACAGUCCCCCUAAUCAACACACACUCAGUCUCCCGUAUGCUCGCUUCAGCCUGGUAAAGUUACAGUGUUAAUGCUAAGCCACAUUACUGAUGUUGUGGACCAGAGUCAAUGUGUCAUCUGUGGUGCUGAUAGUGUAUCUGUCUACUUAUUUUGUUACAAUUGUUGUUAAGAAACCUUACCGGAUACACUUUCCAUUAGUAGAUUUGUAAAAGCUCCUUCAAUAAAGGUUGCUAAACCCAA